GGUUCGGCGUCGGGCGCGCGCUUUGUGUGCCGCUGCCGCCAUGUUGUUGUAGUUGUGAUAAGGCGGUGGCGGGCGGCGGAGCAGCCGGACGGAACCCUCCAGCGGCCCAGGCGCUGCCCCCCGCCGUCUUUGGCGGGGAGUCUCUUGCGGGGUGGCGUAGGAGGCCGUGCUGGGGUUGGCCUGGCCAUGUCCUACCGCUCGAUUUCUUUGUGAAGACUUAGUACAAAAAGUUAUUGGGAUAAUCGUCAUUUGAUCUUGGCAUAAGGGAAAGAAGAACCACACCAGACAUUGAAGGGACGGGGAUCUCUCCUCCUAAUCUGGGCCUCCUGUCAUGGAUGAAGAGACUCGGCACAGCCUUGAGUGCAUCCAGGCCAAUCAGAUCUUUCCCAGGAAGCAACUGAUCCGGGAGGAUGAGAAUCUUCAGGUUCCUUUUCUUGAACUUCAUGGAGAGAGCACAGAGUAUGUGGGCCGAGCUGAGGAUGCCAUCAUUGCCCUUUCUAACUACAGACUUCACAUCAAGUUCAAGGAGUCUCUUGUAAAUGUUCCAUUACAGCUUAUAGAAAGUGUUGAAUGCCGAGAUAUAUUUCAGCUUCAUUUGACUUGCAAAGACUGCAAAGUUAUCAGGUGUCAGUUCUCAACCUUCGAACAGUGUCAAGAGUGGCUUAAGCGACUGAACAAUGCGAUCCGACCACCUUCCAAGAUAGAAGAUCUCUUCUCAUUUGCAUACCAUGCUUGGUGCAUGGAGGUCUAUGCGAGUGAGAAGGAACAGCAUGGAGACCUGUGCAGACCAGGGGAGCACGUCACGUCAAGGUUUAAGAAUGAAGUGGAGAGGAUGGGUUUUGAUAUGAACAACGCCUGGAGGAUUUCCAACAUCAAUGAGAAAUACAAACUGUGUGGUAGCUACCCACAAGAGCUCAUAGUACCCGCCUGGAUCACGGACAAAGAGCUCGAGAGUGUAGCAGGCUUCAGGUCCUGGAAGCGUAUCCCUGCUGUCGUCUAUAGGCACCAGAGCAAUGGAGCAGUCAUCGCCCGUUGUGGACAGCCCGAAGUCAGCUGGUGGGGCUGGCGGAAUGCAGACGAUGAGCACCUCGUACAGUCAGUAGCCAAAGCCUGUGCCUCCGACUCCCGAUCAGGUGGCAGCAAGCUGUCAACGAGGAACAAUCCUCGAGACUUUCCCCACGGAGGGGACCUUUCUGAUGUGGAAUUUGAUUCUUCUCUGUCAAAUACUUCAGGAGCAGAGAGUUUAGUCAUCCAGCCGCAAAAGCUUUUGAUCUUGGAUGCGCGUUCCUAUGCAGCAGCGGUGGCAAAUCGAGCCAAAGGUGGAGGCUGUGAGUGCCCCGAAUAUUACCCGAACUGUGAAGUUGUGUUUAUGGGGAUGGCGAACAUUCAUUCUAUCCGGAGGAGUUUUCAGUCCCUGCGGUUGCUGUGCACACAGAUGCCAGAUCCGGGAAAUUGGCUUUCAGCUCUUGAAGGCACCAAGUGGCUUCAUCAUCUGUCUGUGCUUCUGAAAUCAGCACUUCUGGUGGUGCAUGCUGUGGACCGUGAUCAGAGACCGGUGCUAGCACACUGUUCAGAUGGCUGGGAUCGUACCCCCCAGAUCGUUGCCCUGGCUAAGCUCUUACUGGAUCCUUAUUAUCGAACAAUAGAGGGUUUCCAGGUCCUCGUGGAGAUGGAGUGGCUGGAUUUUGGCCACAAGUUUGCCGACCGGUGUGGUCACGGGGAGAACUCGGAUGACCUGAACGAGCGCUGUCCAGUGUUUCUGCAGUGGCUUGACUGUGUCCAUCAGCUUCAGAGGCAAUUUCCUUGCUCUUUUGAGUUCAACGAAGCAUUCCUUGUGAAACUGGUGCAGCAUACCUAUUCCUGCCUCUUUGGAACAUUCCUGUGCAACAACGCCAAGGAGCGAGGGGAGAAGCAUACUCAGGAGCGCACCUGUUCCGUAUGGUCACUUCUCAGGGCAGGCAACAAGGCUUUCAAAAACCUGCUGUAUUCCUCUCAGUCCGAAGCCGUGCUGUACCCAGUGUGCCAUGUGCGUAAUCUGAUGCUGUGGAGCGCAGUGUACCUGCCCUGCCCGUCCCCAUCCACCCCCGUGGAUGAUAGCUGUGCACCGUAUCCAGUCCCAGGCACCAGCCCUGAUGAUUCUCCAUUAAGCCGGCUUCCAAAGACAAGAUCGUUUGACAAUCUCACCACAGCCUGUGACAACACCAUGCCCCUGGCGAGCCGGCGCAGUAGCGACCCAAGCCUCAACGAGAAAUGGCAGGAGCACCGGCGCUCGCUGGAGCUGAGCAGCCUGGCUGGUCCCGGGGAGGAGCCAGCAGAUGUGGACAGCGUGGGGAGGCCCGCCAGAGGGCUGGGGGGCGCCGAGCUGUCCGUUGCAGCUGGAGUGGCUGAGGGGCAGAUGGAGAACAUUUUGCAAGAGGCUUCCAAAGAGGAGAGUGGGGUCGAGGAGCCUGCGCACAGAGAUGAGACGCAGAAGGUCAAAGAGGAGGUGCAUUUAGAAAAUGAGAGCCAGAGACAGAUGCCUGCCAGGCCCGCCUGUGUGGUGGAGCUGGGAGAUGCUGCCCCUGGGAGCCACCUGGGCCCAGACCUGUCUGUGUCCUCCCCAGGUGUUUCUGAACCAUACGGUGGGCACAGCGUUCUCCCCAGUCUGCUCCAGGAGUCCCCCACAGGAGAGGACCCUCUGCAGAUCCCUGUGGAGCAGCCUCAGAUAGGAGCGGUCCCAGAGGACGGAGAGGAAGCAGCUCUUCCCGUCCCAGUUGGUACAAAAGUUGGCUGUGGUACCUCACAGUCAAGUUCUCUGCUGCCUCCUCAUGUGCCACCUGAGGCCAGAGGACCAAGUGUGGACAUGUUAACGGAAGAUAAGGUGAGGCCAGAAAAUGAGCCCCAAAGCCACCAUAGAUCUUCCCUGGUAAAUAGUGGCCGACUGGGUGGCAAGGACAUCCUUGGCCAAGCCAUAGAGCCCAGGGCUUCAGAGAGGAACCUGCUGGAGAGGCCCUCCAUGGGAGCUGAGGUGCACAGGACUUUACCUGGCCACGCCCACAGCCCAGCAUGUUCCCCUUGUGCCUUGCCUUUAGCUGAAUGUAAAGAAGGGCUUGUUUGCAACGGUGCCCCUGAGCCUGAGAACAAGGCCUCUGAACAGCCCAGAGAGCUCAGCCCUCUCCAGAAGUACCCCACGCCCAAUGGGCACUGCAACAACGGCGAGGCUGGCCGGAGCAAGGACUCCCUGAGCCGCCAGCUGUCCGCUGUGGGCUGCAACUCCACCCACUUCCACUCGAGGACCUUGCACCACAAGUGGUUACAAAGCCACUCAGGGAGGCCAUCUGUGGUCAGCAGCCCUGACCAGCCUUCUCGUAGCCACCUGGAUGACGAUGGCAUGCCUGUCUACACGGACACUAUCCAACAGCGCCUCCGGCAGAUUGAGUCAGGCCAUCUGCAGGAAGUAGAAACCUUGAAGAAGCAAGUCCAGGAGCUGAGGAGUCGUCUGGAGAGCCAGUAUCUCACCAGCUCACUGCGAUUCAACGGGGACUUUGGUGAUGAAGUGACGUCAAUCCCCGACUCGGAAAGCAAUCUGGAUCAGAACUGUUUGUCUCGCUGCAGCACAGAGAUUUUCUCUGAAACCAGCUGGGAGCAGGUGGAUAAACAGGACACGGAGAUGACCCGCUGGCUCCCUGACCACCUGGCUGCCCACUGCUAUGCGUGCGACAGUGCCUUCUGGCUCGCCAGCAGGAAGCACCACUGCAGGAAUUGUGGGAACGUAUUCUGCUCCAGUUGUUGUAACCAGAAGGUUCCAGUUCCCAGCCAGCAGCUCUUUGAACCCAACCGAGUGUGCAAGUCUUGCUACAGCAGUCUACAUCCCACAAGCGCCAGCAUUGACCUCGAACUGGAUAAACCCAUUGCUGCCACUUCAAAUUGAAGCUUGAGUGACCUGGAGCAGAGGCCCAGCUGUCCCAGGACGGGCCCACACAGCCUGGCAGACUGAGAGGCCGUGCAGUUUGGGAUUCGGACAUGGAACCACCUGUGCUGAGUGACAAAUUUGGGAUGUACCACUGGAUUGUAGAUGGAUU